CAGAGCUUUUAUCUCACGAAGAAGUUGCAGAUAAGACCAUGGUGAUUCCCUGACUGACGACUGACCUAGCUGAAUAUGCUCAAGCUUUCCCUUGCGGGUUUCGUCAACAUUGUCAAUUUUUAUGGCCAUGGCCGGUCUUCUCCUAGGGAUAUUCGGAUACUUUCGUGGGACAGACCACCAAUAUUCCGGGGUCGCGAGGCAAGCUUUUGACCCAAGCCUUAGUGCAAUGCAUGAUCCUCGGUUCGUGAUAGCUGCCGUAUCUAGUAAUCGUGCCGAAUGGCAUGACUUCUUUCAGGGUGCGGCGACUGGGGUAAUCGGGCGUCUCAGGUUUGGGCGCUCCUCCUACUAUGUCCCUUCGGGCAAUAUAAAUUAUCAGGACAUGCUAUCCGUCUCUCUCAUAACUCGCCAACCACAAUGUUUACCGUCCUUAUCACCCUUCGCACGUUGCAUCGCCUCUCAUGAACGAAUUAUUCCACCCUUGCAAGCAGACAGACCGCAUUGCAGACUCAUUCACACGACUCCUGCAAAGGUCAAAUAGUCAGUGUAUCCUUUCCAGGAUGUGAAUGAUGUAAUCCCGACGCUAGCCCCGACCAUUCCGGAA